GAUCGAAGGAAAGCCUGUCAAAAGACUGCGAGCUGGAAGAGAAAGUGAGAGAAAGAGCGAGCUGGUGGACUUCCCGAAACUGCCGAUUAGAUUCAGACAAGCAGUGUAGCUUUCCAGCCAUGCGUAUCACACAGCCGCUCCGACACACAAGAGCAAGGAGACUACAUCUGCUCAGAGAAAGCCAAGCCGGUCUGUGAUGAACCAUGGCCAACACACUGUUACAGUCAGACAUGAGUAAUUAUCUCCUCAGUGCCAUCAGCUGUCUCUGCCUUCUUCAUUCUGGUCUCUGUUCUGAGGAAUGCAGCCAAAUGGUUCUGGCAGAACGUGAUACAUUUUACGCACCAGCAGGGAGCAGUCUGUCUCUGUCCUGUGUGGUCCAGCACUGUGGAGACACCUGGAAGGGAAACUGGAUGUGGAGAAAUCCAACAGAUGAUAAGUCAAGGACUGUUGAAUCAAGUGUCAGGCACAUUUUGACAAGUGUGGUGGUCUCAGCCAAUGAGACUCGACUAAUUUUGAAUUUCCUGAGUGUGAACAAAUCGGACGACGGUUCCUAUGGAUGCAGCGUUGAAUGGGCUCAAGGUGACACUGAUCAUGGACAUUUGAUGUAUGUGAACGUCACUGGAGCUGUCCACUCUCAGAGGAGUGCAUUGCACAGGGUUUUGGUCUGUGCCGGUGCUUUUCUUUGUGUUUUCAUCGUUCUGGGAUUGGCUCGUUGUCUGAGUUCAGAAGUCAACCCUCAGCCACUUCCCAGCACUCUGUCCACGCAUGCAGCUGUGUACAGAGACCAACCACACCCAGCUCCACAGCCCCCACCUCGGUGCCCAGUACCCAAGAAACAUAUUGCUUCCUCUUACAAAGCUGCCCCCAAGUCCGAGCAGAAGACUGAGGUGGUGUAUGCAGACAUUUCCCAGGGUGCCCUGAGACAACAGGCAGCCCCCAGAGAGCCUGCCCAGUCCACUGUGUACUCAUCCCUCAGAUUUUCCUGAGGUGGUGGUGGAAAUCAAUUCAAUAUUUAUUUUUGUAGGACUCUGCGUGAUCUUUGACAUCUGACGUGGACUCACGGGACCUGGGAGCCUCUCGCUUGCAGGACUGCAUUUAUGAUUGCAAUUAUUCCAAGCCUGCGGCACAUUGUGGAAAAUCAUAAAAGCAAAGAGCAAAGUAAGAUCCAGCAGAGUAAUGUUUGUCCAUCAAACGUCUGUGGACUCUCCUGAUCACACUCUGCUGCGGAAUAUGCGACUGGUUUGAUUAUGAAGCGGAGAGAAGUGCCAAAAAUCCUUCAUAGGCACAAAACAGACAGCAAGUGGAGCAGACAGCGAGGAGAUGCUGCAGGAUGCAUCUAUCAGCUGACCCACCCUGAGGUGCUGCAGAGAGAAAAGACUCAGCGCUGUGCUAUAAUUUCACUCAUGUUAACGCCCCGUUUGUUUCAAAAUCUGGCUGCUGACAAGCAAAACAUGAAAUGCAGCCUGAUUUAAAGCUCUUGCAGUUUUUAAAAUGUGAAAACAAACUUUGUCUAUGGUGUUUGAUGUGUUUGUGUACAUAGAAUAUACAUAUAUAUGUAUGAACAAUGGAGCGUAUGGUGCUGCAAGCUUGCGCGUGGUGUGUAAAAUUUCAAAAACGAGAUAACCCGUAAAUGACACAAAAUACAACAUUUUAUUUUCGAAUAAAUUCUCAAUGGCACGUUACAUAACCAAAUAUACAUAUACAUGUUUAGACAUCUUUUAAAUUAAUGUAUUUCCUUUAAUCAUUUUCACCUUAUUAAUAAGCGUACUCUGCAGUUACAUUUUUUACAUGACAUCAAUGCAAAAGAAGUUAUCAUUUUAAUAAAUUAAGCAUACUAACAGAGAAAAGGCUGCAGGGCGUUUAGGCGAUACCCGCUACAAAUAAAUGACAUCUGAACUUCC